UCCCCCGUGUAAGAGUGAGGUGGAGGAGGACAUUCCAGGAGAUGUCACCACAGAAAGUCCCAAUAUAAAUUAUAAAGUAGAAGAUGAAGCUAUCAUGCAAUGUUCUUCAGGAGAAAACCCCAUUACCUUUCAUGUAUAUCCAGGACUUCACAGUACAGAUCUAUCCUAUAAUCUCCCUAAUCAUGAGGAACCUUCUCCUGACCAAUCACACAUUUUUACCACAAGAACAGGUCAAGUGGUUUCUAUACCCAAAGGAAUUCACACAGUAGAGAUUUCAUACUCCUGCUCAGAAUGUGGGAAAUGUUUUACAAAUAAAUCAAAUCUCGCUACACAUGAAAGGAUUCACAGAGGAGAGAAGCCUUAUUCAUGUUCAGAAUGUGGGAAAUGUUUUACACAGAAAUCACAUCUUGUUAAACAUAAAAAAUUUCACACAGAAAAUAAUUCGUUUUCAUGUUCAGAAUGUGGGAAAUGUUUUACACAGAAAUCACAUCUUGUUAAACAUAAAAAAUUUCACACAGAAAAUAAUUCGUUUUCAUGUUCAGAAUGUGGGAAAUGUUUUGCAAGACAAGUAGAUUUUAUUAGACAUCAAAGAAGUCACACAGGAGAGAAGCCAUAUUCAUGUUCAGAAUGUGGUAAAUGUUUUAUACAGAAGUCACGUCUUGUUACACAUGAGAGAAUUCACAUAGGAGAGGAAGUGUAUUCAUGUUCAGAAUGUGGAAAAGGUUUUACAAAAAAAUCUAAUCUUUUUAGACAUGAGAGAAGUCACACAGGAGAGAAGCCAGAUUCAUGUUUAGAAUGUGGGAAAUGUUUUACAGAUAAAUCACUUCUUGUUAGACAUCAGAGAAGUCACACAGGAGAGAAGCCAUAUUUCUGCGCAGAGUGUGGAAAGUGCUUUACAUUUAAAUCAAAUUUUGUUAAACACGAAAGAUAUCACACAAGAGAGAAACCAUAUUCAUGUUCAGAAUGUGGGAAAUGUUUUGCACAUAAAUCAAAUCUUAUUAGACAUGAGAGAAAUCACACAGGAGAGAAGCCGUAUUCAUGUUCAGAAUGUGGGAAAUGUUUUGCAGAGAAAUCGCAUCUAGUCACACAUGAGAGAAGUCACACAGGAGAGAGGCCGUAUUCGUGCUCAGAAUGUGGAAAUAGUUUUACACAGAAAUCAAGUCUUGUUACUCAUGAGAGAAUUCACACAGGAGAGAAACCAUAUUCAUGUUCACAUUGUGGAAAAUGUUUUACAGAUAAAGUCCGUCUUCUUAGACAUAAGAAAAGUCAUACAGAAGAGAAGUCAUUUUGAUAUUUUAUAUGUGGACAUUUUUUUGUAAGGAAACCAAAUUCUAAAACUCAUCAGAUCAGAAGAAACACAUUUUUUGGAAUAUGGGAAAUGCUAUAAGAGCAAAAAAUAAUUUUAAAUCCAG